AUGAUCAGAAUCAACCUUGUUUGGAUGUUAGUCAGUCAAGUAUUCCUGAUUCACACUGAAGAAGUUCCUCUGCAAAUUCCACUGACCACAGCUCAGCUCGGAGAGUCUGUAUCUCUUCCAUGUCUCUUCUCAGAGACAAUUGAUUAUUUCCAAUGGCUGUACUGGUACAAGCAAGCUGCUGGUCAAACGCCCCAAGUUGUGGCAACUGUGGAAAAGAAAAAAUCUGUAGAUUUUGUUCUUAAUGGAGAGUUUAACAACAUCCGUUUCACAAUGGAGAAAGUAAAAGAUGGAUAUCUUCUCAUCAUCAACAAUAUCAGCAGAUCAGAUGAGGCAGCAUACUUCUGUGGAAUAGGAACAGUGUAUGAGAUGAAUUUUAGAAAUGGAACAUUUUUGUCUGUAAAGGGUAAUUUUAUUUCAACUGUAGAGCAACAGACAGUUUCUGAUCCAGUCCAUCCAGGAGACUCUGUGACCCUACAGUGCACAGUACUCUCUGAGACCUGUACAGGAGAACACGGUGUGUACUGGUUCAGAGCCGGAUCAGGGGAAUCCCAUCCAGGAGUCAUUUACACCCCUGGGAACAGGAGUGAUGAGUGUGAGAAGAGCCCUGAGACUCCCUCUCCUACACAGAGCUGUGUCUACAACCUCUCCAAGAACAACCUCAGUCUCUCUGAUGCUGGGACUUACUACUGUGCUGUGGCCACAUGUGGGGAGAUCCUGUUUGGCGACGGAACAAAACUUAACAUCAUUAAAGGUACAGCUUCUUUGGAUCCCAUUGUCCUCAGCUUGGGAGCAGCAGUGGCUUUUUGUGUGAUUCUAAUUUUUAUUCUCGCUUGUACCAAAAACAAGAGGCAAACAUGUGAUCAUUGUAAAGCAAGUGUCUCUCAGCAUAUUCACCAUGAUGAUAACCUCUCACCAGAGCAGUCAAGUGAUAUGUUGAAUUAUGCUGCAUUGAAUUUCUCUGAGAGGAAAACUAAAAGAGGAAGAAAGAAGAGAGAGACACCACAGGAGAGUGUGUACUCUGAUGUCAGGUACUCAGACUGGGAGUGAACUUUGUUUCAGAUACAGCAUGGACGAAAUUAUCUCAGUCAAGCAUCUCUAUUUAGACAAAAUGUAAACAUUUUGGUAAAAAAAAUCUCAGGACAUUGCUUUCGUAUCAACUUUUACAGUUUUACAACACAAUAUCCGAAUACUAUACAAUAGACAAUGGAAUUCCAUCCAUGUUUCUGCUCAAAAUGUCUUCUGGAGUGGUCCUCCUACUCUGAGCUAGCUGAUGUCAACUAGUAGCAGGAGGGAAUUUAGCUUUAUAUGUCCAUGUACACCACAUGACCAAAAGUAUG